GAGAGGGUAACCCUGCUAUGGACUAGUAUCCCAUUCCAGGAGUUGGGAGGGAAGUACUCCAGGUUGCUUCAUGUUAAGGAAAAACUAGAGAUAAGUGCCAGUCUGAUGGCCCAUUGGGUCUGACUGCAGACCUGGGCACUGCUGUUUUGACCAGCACCUCCAGUUUCAUAUUGUUCCUAACCUGUUGAACCUAUAGGAAAUUUUUUCGGGCCUUUCUUUGAGUGCUGGAUGCGAUUGAGUCGCGUUGUUUUACCUUUGUUUCUCGUUCAUAGUAUUUUGAACGGUAUUUUUUCUUGUUUUUUUUUUUUUUUAAGAUUUCUUUUAUUUUACGUCAUCCGUGACCACGCGGAUUCUUACAGAAGGAACUAUUUCCCCUUGUAUUACAUUAAUUCCCUGUGUUUCUGGAAGCGCACACCUAACGGUACUUUCCGAGGAGAGCCGACGUGACUGUGUUUGCCGGUCAACAAUCACAGUAACGUUCAAUUAUGCAUAGUAUUAAGGAGUUUAUGAAUGUAAUCCAAAAGGUGUUGACUUGAAUCGUUCAUGUUACCAAACUACCGAGUGUUCGUUACUUCCGUUUCCCUAACCUAAAAAUCCGGAAGGGUCUGGAACCAAGUGGUUUCUUUCGGUUUCUACUACGACAAAAGGCGGAAGUUGCAGUUCACAUAGAAUCCCUUUUAGCGCCGCCGCUGGGUCAUCGAAACAGUGCAUGUAACAAUAAGAGAAUGACUGGCGUGGAGAAAUAUUCUUAUCACGAAAUACGCGGGCUUUUCGACAACGGGUCACUGGGGGAUAUACAAAAGGUUUCUGAAGAAAUUGGACUGGACACCGUUGUUAGGCGCGAUAAAUGGACCUUGCUUCACGUAGCAUCAGCCACAAAUAGACGAGAUAUAACACAAUACCUCAUUAAUAUGGGAAGUGAUGUGAAUGUGCUUGACAAAGAAGGCAAGUCUCCUCUAUACUAUUGCAAAUCUGAGGAGGUAGCCAAGAUGAUGGUCGAUGCCGGUGCUGACGUGAAUCGCCCCAGCGUACUAGGGAAGACACCUCUACAUCAUGUAUGCAUAUCAGACGCUACCCCUGGGGCAGUGAAAAUCCUUCUACAAUCUGGGGCGCGAGCAAAUGCUGAAGACAAGUUUGGUGAUACGCCUUUCUUGUAUGCUUGUGGCAUGGCCUAUUUCUGUAUAAACGAAGAAGAGUUUGCACAAAACCUGCCAAAGAUAAAAAUGCUUCUUGAAUACGGAGCUGAUAUUCACCAUGUCAAUUCAAAAGGUGAAAAUGGAUUGCAUGUGUGUAGUCGAUAUGGCGCUUGCGAAGUAGUCGAAAUACUGACGAAACAUGGCGUAGAGGUCAAUGCCUUGAACAUGAAACAUCAAACACCCUUGGCAACGGCUUGUACCAGAACCGCUUUUGCACUUCAUGGACAGCAAGGAAUCUUGACCACAUUGGAACUCCUGUUGGAGCAUGGUGCAGAUCCGAUGAUACCAGAUGAACAAGGGCUGACACCACUACACGUGUUGAUGCUUCAACUCUGCAGUUCCAUAGAUAUUGCAUCGUUUGUCGAAGUUUUAGUACGAUGUGGAGCUUCUAUGAAUGCUCGAGAUGACAUGCUUCGCACUCCUGUACAUUAUGCAAGCUACGCAACUGCCCAUCGAGACUGGCCAGAAAAACUGAAAGAGCUGAUGUCAUUUGGGGCAGACGUGAAUUUGCAAGAUGUGGAGGGGUUUACAGCUGUUCACGUCACUACAAUACGUGAUCCCAGGCACCUCACAACAUUUCCGUGGCCAUGGGAUUGUAUAGAUGAAACUGAGAAUGUGGUGCAAGAGAUCAAUUGGAAUUGUGCUCGAAAACAAGGCGUAACAUUGGCUCACAUGGUUUUAUCUCAAAAAGGACUUACCCUUCAAGGGUGUAAAGUUCCAUGGGACGUAAACGCACGAGACGAGUUCGGGUCAACGCCAUUACACUAUGCAGAAUUUUCAAACAACACCAUCGCAACCUCGUAUUUGGAAGUGUCGUUCACGAGGGCAGACGCCACUAUAAAAAAUUGUUUGGGUGAGAGUCCCAUCGAUUGUGCAGUGUCUGUCCUUAACCAAGAAAUGCUAUCGUUACUUCAACGUUAUGGAGAGACACCGGCCCCAGAAAAAGAGAAAAGAUUGCCUGACAUUUCAUGUAAGCUGUGCGCCUGUUUUACCAACGAAGGUAGAGGUAACUAUUAUCAGCCCUUUGAAAAACAAGAAGAGCUGAUUUCAGUGGAUCCUGAAGAAAUUCAAAUUAACCCGGCAAGAAAGAUGGAAGAAUACUUGUCCCACGUUCUGCAUACGCCGAGGAUGGGAAAGGUACCACUUCAUGAUUCAGAGGUAGUCCAGAUUCACCAGGAGACAGAAAACCUGAUCAGACAAAUUCUUCAGAAGGUAGCUGACCAGGAUCGUCGUUUUCGGUCGACACUGAUACUGUCGGGUAGUGUCCGUGAGAAAACCAAGGCCGGUCUACCCAAUGAAUUUGACUUUAUGUGCAAUCUCGAACUAUUCAGCUCUUGCUGUAAAGUGAUUGACGAAGACACAUGUUCUCCUGGCUUUGUACAUUUGGAAGGAACUGAUGCUGACAGCGCAAACAUUGCCGAAUUUUUUGAUGCUGAUGGAUUUCUUGUGCCAUAUCUGGUCAGAUCAAAAUUUGAACAAAUCGUGAGGGUGGUAAUGUUUGAUUCCAAGCUGUGGAAAUGUUGUCGGAUUUGUUCCAAUUUCAUUCUCCCCAGUUUGGACACAGGUAUUAGCCAUCCCAAACCGUCGAUCAUCAUCGAACUCUGCUGGAAUGGUCCAAUCUACAAGAACAUGGUGUACUCAGUCGAUCUGGUGCCUGUCAUAGACGCGGGGCUGUUUUGGCCACAAAAUGCCAUCUCGACCAGUCGUGUUUUAGAGAACAUACCCAAACAGUGCCUUUUCGCCAUGACCAUUCCGCGCUUCGAACGUGGUGUUUAUGGUAAUGAAGUGAGAAUAUCGUUCUCUCUUAUAGAAAGCGCAAUAUUUGACAGCAUUCCAGAAGUCGUCAAGGACGCCUACAUUGCUGCAAAAGCUGUUCGCGAGGUAUGCCCAACACUGGUGAACAGUGAAGAGGUAUUCUACAACAAGGCAAAUCUUGACGCACAAUCGUUAAUCCCAUCUUUUUGGCUCAAAAUGGCUUUACUUCAUGUGUUAGACAGAUAUGGCUUAGAUGAUGGGAGCAGCUUAACCAUGUGGGUCAGACGAAUUUACGAGAAAAUACACCACUUUGUGUGUGACGAUGAAGUGUUUCCAUCCUUUUUCAUACCACAGCAAGACUUUGUUGCUUCCUAUUUGAAAGGAAGUGACCUGAAGACCUCCUUCGCGGGUGAGGAGCUGGAAAAGAAGUUCAUGGCUUGUAAGAAAAUGUGUCGACUGAUCCAACGCUUUUUAUCGAGUGACGAAUGAACCUCGUCUCUUGUUGAAGCUAUCACUUGACUUUGACUUCAUUGUUUCGUCGCCCAUUAACAUAUCUUUGGAUAAUCACAUUCAUACGGCCAGUGACACACGCUUGCUUGAAGCAAAAAAUACUUGAUUACACCACGUCAGGGUUUUCUUGACAGACGGAAAAGAUAAGUCAUUGAUUCUGUUUUAUUAGGUUCUUUCUACGGGAACAUUUGCAACCUCAACUGACAGAAACUGAUUUAUCUCAGUUCUUGCCUUCAUAUUUGGAUGUCGGCUCUGCUGAAACCUCUGUUCUCCAUUUCCAUCCAAAGAUACAUCAUAUGUGGGCGUUCUGCUUAAUACCUUGGCUGUGUGACAGAAUCCCGGGCCCUUGAUAUGUUCCUGUAACUUUUAAGUACCAGUUUGUUCCUUUUACCCUCCAGGUUUGUCCGUAUGGGUUGAUAAUAUGCAAAGAGCGCAACUCCGAGACAACUGUCAUCAUCACAUAAUCUGAGAUAGAGAGGUACCAGUCUAGCUGUUUUGCUUACAGCUACGGUCUCAAGGGUUUUUUUUAUCCAUUCUAUAGGAAAUGGUUGGCAUGUCUACACAAGGUGAUCUAACUUCGAGAGAGAGCAAGUUUGGGAGAAUACGAAAGUUUAUGUAAAAUCAAGCUGCAGACGAGGCUUUACAUAAGCACAUUCAUCCCAGUUCACUCAAGUUCACUCGAGUGUUUGCAUGAGCCUAUGUUUUACCACAAGGCAAUAAUUUAACCUCUAUUUUGCGAAAGAAAUGCGCGGCCUGUGUUUGCCGUAUGCAUUUCCUGGGGAGGGGACAAAUCCCCGAAAAUUUGGAUGGGGUUUGUACCGCGCACUUGUUAAAACUCUUGUCCUACUUGAGACCAAAAAUAUUAUACAGAAAUGUAGAACGAUUUUCCUUUCCUAAUUUCAGAUCAGACCCUACCUAAACACUGCUUCGGGUUGUGUAAACAAUUGACAAGGCCCUCAAAAUCCCAAUUUAGCUUUUCUACAGAGCCUGAAAUUUAGGUUGCUCAUUCUUGUAAGGCUUGUAUGAGGGCACUUAGCCUUAUGCGAAAGAUCUAGGUCACGAAUUACAGGGCACGUUAUGUUCAAACCGUCUAUUAUAUCUUAAGGGGAGAUGUUCAAAACUUCGAAUAAAAGAUAUCGCGCAAAAUUAAUUUGCUACUUGAAAGAACUUUGAACCUGGCUAUUGAAGUCAUUGAGUGUGUCGUAUAUGAUGUUCCCUUUGAUCAGUCACAUUUAAGUCACCAAAACAAUGUCCUAAAUUUCCGCCAUCUUGUACUCUUGUCCCAGUAGUGUUUCUUUCUUUCUUUCCCGCUAAACUGAUCGAAGAAAACGAAGAAAAAAAACCUCUGAGACCUGGAUAAAAAUCUCGCCACAGAUAGUUGUUUUACUGUUGUCAAAUUGAACUAUCUGUGACGAGUGACGAGACCGUCCUGAAACGUAGCUCUAUAAAGAUCCGCUUAUGGUUAUUUACACGUGAUUUACACGUGAAAAUUCAAUUCAGAAAAACAACCAAUCACAGACACUACAUGGAUCUCCCUAGAGUUACGUCAUCAGUAUGGAUGUCUCAUACAGAAGAGAGAUAGAAGUUUUUUUUAUCUUGUUUUUUUAAAUGUACAUAGGUUUUGUGAAUGUCAGUAUUCAUUUGCUGACUUCUUUUUAUCUCAUAUAUAAUUUUUAUGGGUGUAAUGCCGACGAGGAAGCUGAAGAUACUUGGAAUAAACACGGAUGACGAACUCUCCUUCA